GAGAAUACUAACAGGGCUGACGCUGCUCGUGGUUUCCCCCACUAUUUCCUACUUAUUGAGGAUAAUUGACGGCUUUUAGUUUGCGCAGCACAUAGACGAGAAGCUUCGCCAAGAAUAAGAAGAAGAAGAGAAAGGAAGCUUUGAUGUCCGACAGCUGCUGCUGCCACGGCCAUUGCUGCGGCCUCGACGUCACACGAUUGCAUCUCGUCCUCCAGAGGCUCAACCCCCUCACUUGUUUAUAUAGGCUCGCGGACGGACAGGGAGAGGGAGGAGGGAUGGGCACCAUCACUGUCCCAGCUUCUCUUCCUUCCCCGGAAGAUGACGGCCACAAGCUGCGGAAGGCCUUCCGAGGGUGGGGGACGGACGAGAAGGCAAUCAUAGACAUCCUGGGUCACCGCACUGCGGCGCAGCGGUCGGCCAUCGCCGCCGCUUACGCCAGCCUUUACGGCGAGUCGCUGCUCGAUCGCCUCCACUCCGAGCUCUCCGGUGACUUCAGGAACGCAGUGAUGCUAUGGACCAUGGACCCUGCAGAGAGAGAUGCCAAAUUAGUGAACAAGGCACUGAAGAGGAAGGGCGAGAGGCAUCUCUGGGUGAUCAUAGAGGUCGCCUGUGCCUCAUCCCCGGACCAUCUGAUCGCUGUUAGGCAGGCAUAUUGCUCUCUCUUCGCUUCCUCCAUCGAAGAAGAUGUGGCUCACAAGAUUACCCCAACGGAACCCCUCGGACUGGUAAUGCUCCUCGACAUCAUCAUCAUCGGUAUCGGAAGCAGCAGCAGUAAUCUUUCAUUCCUGCAGCUGUUGGUGCGUCUGCUUACCUCUUACCGGUAUCCCGAGGAGCACGUCGCCGUCGAACUGGCAAAGCAUGAGGCAGCUCAGCUCUUCGAUGCGGUCCAAAAGAAGCAGUUGCAUCAGGACGAAGUCAUCCGCGUACUCAGCACGAGGAACAAAUCGCAGUUGAAGGAAACCUUCGAGCAGUACACCGAAGGUUAUGGAAGACACAUCGAAGAGGACAUCGAGGGCGCUGAUCGAAGUCAGUUCGCGUCGAUGCUGAAGGCUGCCAUUUGGUGCAUAGCGUCCCCGGAGAAACACUUUGCAGAGGUGGUGAGGAGAUCGGUGGUGGGACUCGGAACGGACGAGGACUCGCUGACGAGAGCCGUGGUGAGUCGGGCAGAAAUCGACAUGAAGAAGGUGAAGGAGGAAUACAAGAAGAGAUACAACACCACGCUCAUUUAUGAUGUAGUGGACGACACCUCGGGGGACUACAUGAGGUUCCUGCUGACCUUGAUCGGCCCUGCGGAUGCAUGAAAUAGCAAUCAACCGAUGGUUUCAGGUUCAGAGAAAUGUGAAGGUAUGUGAAGAUGUGUGUAUAUUUAUAAGGUGUAAGCAUAUAUGGCUUGUGGAAUGAACAACAUAAACAAUUUUUGGACAUGGAAUAAAGAUUUGGCAUGGUGGGUUGGAUUU